AUGGCCCUCCCUCUUCUCCUCGUGAUCCUCAUCGCAUUCACGCCCAUGCUCCCACCUGAUCCUGGGCAACCAUCUAAUUCCUCCCGCCACCAUCUCCAAGAGGCUUUGCAACGCUGCGCACGACACCCAAUCUCACCAUCGCUGCCCAGGCCAGAGGUCCCACAGAUCGUGAUCAAGCAGGAGGAAGUGCCGACGCGUUUAGAGGACAUUGGAGAACCGGGAUACUUCAUUCAGAUGCGACAGCGCGUGAAGACCAGCACGCCGCCUGGAGCACGGUCGUUGCGCGAAGACGCAGAUGAGGAGGCCACACCGCGUGAACGACACUCUCGCGAGGCACGAGACACGGACACUGCCCCGACCACCCCGACUUGCCUGCGCACAGUAAUCAAACCGACUGGUAAAAGCACCAGCAUCAGCCACAGGGCCCAGGCACGCCGCGCGCAGCUCAUGCCGCCCCCAAACCCCGAGCGCGAGGGCGAUGCGAUGGCUGCCGCUCCCAAAACCACCAGCCUCCAUUCUAUGGAGUUGCGGAACACUACGCCCCAAGUGCAAGAGGAGCGCGCCCCUGCUGCAACCAUCCGCGGUGAGCAAGAGGAUCCCUCUUCCGCCCCAACGUCCUCCAAGCCUCCCGCCCAUCCCGGAGGGUCCAUCGCGCAUGCAGGAGGCUCCCAGCCCAUGCACUAUGCGCCAGCACCACGCACACUACGUGAAGACAUGCUGCUGUACCCAUACCACGCAGCACCCUUUGCCCCCACGCAUUACGGUGCUGCCGGACUCGACCCCCACAACCUGAACAUGUACUACCACCCGUCUCCGUACCAGAACCUGGCGGCGCCGCUGCACUCGCGAGCCCCAUCCAGCGUCUCACGUGCAGACCUCGCAGGACCCUCCGCAGAGCCCCUUGCACCUCCCUCCAAAGUGGCAUCAACAUCCUCCGCCUUAGCCCCCCCCGGUCCAAGUGACAUGCCGGGCUGGACCGUCCUCCAGGUGGCGGAUCCCCAGCCCCUACUUCCACAACAGCAAGCCCUUCCUUGCAGACCCUUAACACCCCCUCCUAGCGACAGCCAGCCCUCCAAGAGGGCCCUCGAGCCCACACCCAAGGCGACGAGUACGCAGGAGGACCCAUCCACGGAUGUGCCUAGCGCGCAGCAAGCGGGCACCGCAGACAAUGCAGCAGCAAGUGCUGCCGGUUCCCCUAUGGAUGAGUCUGGCGACAACGUGGUGCAUGACACCUCCCACGAUGGCAGCCCGGAGUGGGAUGAGGUGCCUGGCAUGUCGUAUGAAGAGGCCGCAGAGGCUGAAGAGCAAGCCCUACAAGAGCAAGCCGACGACGACGUGUUCGGCACCCCAGGGCGACUCUCGGACGACAUGCGCCAGAUCCUGCGGACAGGGUUUGCCAAGAUGAAUACCAUCGUGGAGCAAGUCAGCAAGGACUCUGGGCUGCCAGCGGCGCGUGUCCAGGCAAUGUUCGGACAACAACACGCCCGCGUGAACACCGCCCGCAACCACUGGAACAUCUACGGCCGCUACUUCAAAAUGAACCAGGCGCAAGAAUGCAAGCGUCUCGGCCUAGAUGCUCCUUUGGCAGAUACCAUCGAAAUCCGCUCCAAGACGUACACGCUAUUCAAAGAAGUGCACGCCGACAUCUGGCGUGACAUCCUCGAGACCUUCAAGGAGGUCGAAGUGUGGGCGGCGAAUCACACUGUCGGCCAGUGCAAGCGCGACUUUGCGAAGGCAGUCGCCAAGAUGAGGCAGCUCUGCGACAACCUCGCGCUGCGAUACGACUUCUCCACAGCAUUCCUGAUGGCAGGCAAUCUCGUCAAUACGGACACGGGCCUGGCGCAGCUCUAUGAGACUGCGAUGGCAAAAAAUUUUCUGAGCACCUAUCUGCGGGGCAACGAAGACACAUCCCUCGCACACUUCAAGUCUUAUUUAUAUCAUCAAACAUCCAUGGGCAUCCUCAACGAGGCGAGCGAGAACGGCGACGAGGACGUGGGUGGACCGAGCAAGCCCAGCGGCCCCGCCAUUGCAGCAUCAUGCCAGCAAGGUGGCGCACCUUCAAAACAACACGCCGGACCAUCCGAGCAGGCCGCUGGACCAUCCAAGGCAUCCACGCAGGUCCCAGGACCAUCGAAGCAGGCUGGCACGUCCUCCAACGAGGGCACCAUCAAGUCACAAAAGGACUUAGACAGGCGCAAGUUCGGCCUCGAGUUCCUGCACCCGGAUUGGAGGAAGAAGCUCUCAUCGACAGACAAGGCGGGCGUCAUCAGGUUCAACGUGAGGGAGAUGGAAGUGGCCGCCGGUGGCCCUUGGGAGCGCAAGUAUAACAACCUGUUCCCUUGGAACCACCAUGCCGAGCUCUUGGUUACUCAAGGGCUCGUGUGGAAGAACUACCCUGACGACGUGCGCUGGCCAGGCGAGGAAAAAACCGGUGGCCGCAACAAGGCCAAAGGGAUCGCGGAGCUGUCCAUGCCGGAACUCGACCGAAUGAUCGAGGGCCUGGUGGACAGGGACUACCCUUUCGAGUUCGAAAGGGUCGACAAGGAAGCCCUGAAGAAGAACAAGCUGCCAGUCAUCAUCUGCGCACCCCCGGCACACGACGCCACAUUCAAGCGGGCGCGCCGCUACUUCGCCAACGGGACAAGCGACCGCAAGGGACCCCCGAGGUGUGAGGCGCCUGCCUCGUCAGGAGAGCACGGUGAGAGCUCGUCGCCGGAUACCGAUGAGCUGAGCAAGGACACGGCCUCGGCGGCGUUGUCACCCGUGCAGGCGCCUCCGCCCAAGGCCUCUCUAACGAGGUCGAGGGUCGUCGAGGUCGUGAUCCGCAAGUCGAGGAUGAGCCAGCCAACCACCGCAUCCAAGUCGAUUGACGUGGACGACAGCGAGGACGACGACGCCCCGGUGAAGCCGCGAGCGGACAAGCGGAAAGCCAUCAACGUCGAGGACUCCGAGGACUCCGAGGACGAGGACGCCUACCAGCCUUCGGAGGGGACCCCCACCCCAGUGAAGCCACGAGGGGCCAAGCGGAAGGCGCUCUGCAACGGGUCCGACACCGAGGACGAGCCCGAGGACGGCACCAAGAAGGAGCCAAGCAAGGGCAAGGGUCCCAGCAAAGGCAAGGCCCCUGCACGGAGCACCAAGCGGAGCAAGGCGAGCGCGGGCGGGAGCGAUGUCGAGCAGCAGUCGACCCCUCGCAUGCCCGAAAAGCCCAGGGCACAGACAGCCAAAUGCCCCGCACCACGCCUGGUGCAUGCAGGGGCCCGAACGCGCGGCGGGGCUAUGGAUACCACCACAAAUGAGCAGUGCGACGCGUCCACAGAAGCUCCCGCCCAGCGUCAGCGCCCCGCCCGACAUCUGCACGAGGACGAAAGCUCGCCAGAGCACGCGCCCCCCAAGCGCCGCCAUCGCCCUGCCACCACAGAAGGCGCCCCCACAGAGGGCACCCACGACCAAGAGCAUCACCAGGAGGCUCCCGCCCAGCGUGACAAGGACGCCCCGGCCGAGCUCCACCGCCCACAGGAGGGACGCAGCAAGCGUGCGCACGCGCCAGCGCCAUCCAGCGGCACAGCUGCCCUCCCGCCCUCCCUCCUGCACCAGUGGCUGGCAGUCUACGACGACGAGGACGGCAACAGCACAAGCACCGCCGGGGCUAGCGGCAUGCUAGGCCAUUGGAUGUUCCCUCCACCGGCGCCCUUCGCACACGCGCACGACGCACCACCAGGAUACGCGCCACCGGGAUACGCGCCACCAGGAUAUGCGCCGCGCCCGCGGCCAACCCUCCCGCAUGCCCCCCGGUACGCACCGUGCGGCUGGCCAGUCGACAGCCAGACUCUGGACAGCUACGAGGUGAUGGACCCGCGGGAUGCAGGACACUAUUACUGCCCACUGCCCCCUCAGUUCCGCGCACCCGAAUUCCGCGCGCCCGGCCUCAUGACGCCCGACGGCACCUACAUCCCGUCGGGGAGGGUCCACCCACAUUUCUACGAGGAUUUCGGCCAGGCAGCUGCAUUCACCGACGUGCCUCAAGGCAUGCCGUACGCCGGCUUCGAGGCGGCUGCCCCGCCUGCUCGUAGGAUGCCUGGGACAGCCGGCGCGCAGACAGCCGGCGUGCAAAGCCACGACGAAGGCGAGCAAUGA